CUGCAAGCAAGCAAAGAAGAGCAGCUAAGUAGAAUUUGAUUUUUUUUUUUUUUAAAAUUAAAAAAAUGCCGAUUUCACAAAUUGCAAUCGGAUCUCCGGCGGAAAUUGCCCGCCCCGAUGCAUUGAAGGCAGCUCUGGCUGAGUUUAUUUCAAUGCUCAUUUUCGUUUUCGCCGGGGAGGGCUCCGGCAUGGCCUUCAACAAGCUUACCAACUAUGGCUCGGCUACACCGGCUGGUCUAAUAUCGGCCUCUCUGGCUCACGCCUUUGCACUAUUCGUGGCGGUUUCUGUUGGUGCAAACAUCUCCGGUGGACAUGUAAACCCUGCUGUCACCUUCGGAGCCUUUGUUGGCGGCCACAUUAGUCUUUUUAGGAGUGUAUUGUACUGGAUUGCUCAGUGCCUCGGAUCAGUCCUUGCUUGCUUGCUUCUCAAAUUCUCCACCGGCGGACUGGAAACAUCUGCAUUUGCACUAUCAUCUGGCGUAGGAGAAUUGAAUGCCUUGGUGUUCGAGAUAGUGAUGACCUUCGGGUUGGUUUACACAGUCUACGCCACAGCCAUAGACCCGAAGAGGGGUAACAUUGGGAUAAUUGCUCCAAUUGCAAUUGGUUUCAUAGUGGGUGCCAACAUCUUGGCCGGUGGAGCCUUUGACGGAGCAUCCAUGAACCCAGCAGUGUCCUUCGGCCCAGCUGUAGUAAGCUGGACAUGGAACAGCCAUUGGGUCUACUGGGUUGGUCCCUUCGCUGGUGCCGGCAUUGCAGCCCUUGUCUAUGAGAUCAUCUUCAUUGGCUCAAGCACACAUGAGCAGCUCGCUUCUGCUGAUUUCUAAGCCACUGGGCUCUCAGUUUCUUUGUAUGAUGAAAAGGGGUUCAGAAGUUGGGGAUCCUUGUUUGGUUUGAACUUUGUGGAUGUCUGGAUGUUUGUUUUUUCCUGUCUUUGAUGAAAUGUUUAUUCCUGUGAACUUUGGGUUUUUCACCAAAUCAUUUGUUUAGUGUUCGUCUC